GUGCUGGCUUUCCCAACAAAAUUUCGAAUUUUCCUUCGUUAAUGAAGCAGAAAAAUGGGUUUCUUCCAUUUGCUUAAUCUUGGUCCUUGAAGAGUUUCUGGGAUAGCCUUUUCUUCUUAAGCUGGGAGAUAAAACUUCCUUAAUGGGUUUUAUUUUUAGUUUCUUAAUAUGUUUAUCCUCCUUUGAGUGGAUCCAGAAUGAGGAGAAAAAAUUGUUGGUUAAUUUGUUGACAACUUUUGCUUCAAAGGAAACAGUUAGUGGGUAGUCUUCAAUCCUGGUGUUCGAAUAUCUUGUGACACUCGAGUGAACUUUCAAAGCAGGUGAUGGAAGAUGCCGAUGCAUGGUUUAUUGUCUCUCUUCAUUCGGGUUUUUGAGAAGGGUGGGGGUUGAAGUUCGUCUUCUUAGUUUGUCGACUUUGUUGGAAGGAUUUUCUGAUUACUGCUUAGAGGUUAAACUGCUCAAGGCCUGAUAUUCGUGCCAUUACAAGCUUCCUCUGAUGUGAUCUAGUGGAGAACUAGCUGUUUUUUGCAUGUUCCCCCAAAGAGAGGCAACACCCAUGAAAAGGAAAAGGGAGAAAAGAAUGAAGGGAUCAUCAAGUGCUUCAAGUUGUAGAGUCUGAUUCAGUUAGCUAUUGGAGUUAUAGCUUGGUUUUUGGGUGUUGCAUUCGCUUGUGAAGUCUUCCUGACUGCUUAGCUCGGACAGGAGAGCGGGAUUCUUAUUACACUCUUUGCGGCAGAGAUUCGGUAAAGUAUAAGAUCAAGCAGCGGUCUGUUUAUUUGCAUGGAAGGCAGGGAAGCCACACGGUUAGCCUCCUCUGAGUCCCCUGUUAUGAUGAUCGGCUCGGAUACUUAUGGUUCGACCUUCCAGAACAGUUCCGUGGCUACUCCACCCCAAGGUGGGGUUGUCCAACAAACGCGCAUUCCAUUUAGUUCAGUAGUUACUUCUGCAUCUAAACCACCGGAGUCUGCGUCUCCCUAUCGAGGGGAUUCUUCUACACCUACCAUAUUCCAUGGCAUGAACCUGAGCGAGCCACUUAAGAAAAAGAGAGGUAGGCCAAGGAAAUAUGGUCCUGAUGGAACUAUGGCGUUGGCUUUGUCUCCAUUGUCAUCAGUCCCAAGUUACUCUACACCAUCUUUUAAGCGGAAUAGAGGGCGGCCACCGGGAUCAGGGAAAAGGCAGCAGCUGGAUGCAUUAGGUAGCAACCUAUCUAAAUAUGGUUGUGCUGGAAUUGGUUUCACUCCUCACGUAAUCACUGUCAAAGCUGGAGAGGAUGUUGCCGCAAAGAUUAUGUCCUUUUCGCAGCAAGGUCCCAGAGCAAUUUGUAUUAUUUCAGCUAAUGGAGCUAUCUCUAAUGUAACUCUUCGUCAACCUGCCACCUCUGGGGGAACAGUGACCUACGAGGGUCGCUUUGAGAUAAUCUCUUUAUCAGGCUCCUUUCUGCUUACCGAUUCUGGGGGCACUCGUAGCAGAACCGGGGGCCUGAGCGUAUCGUUAGCAGGUCCAGAUGGCCGUGUUCUGGGCGGCGGGGUAGCUGGAUUGUUAAUAGCAGCAACGCCUAUCCAGUUGGUCGUGGGGAGUUUCAUAUCUGAAGGAAAGAAGCCGCGUCCAAGACCACCGCCUCUCAACCAUGAGCCCUCGUCUGCUACACCACAAGUGUCUAACUUGGGUGCAGGUGCAGCUGCAAGUCCACCAUCAAGAGGGACGAUGAGCGAGUCAUCUGGCGGCGCUGGUAGCCCGCUUAAUCAGAGCGUCAGCACCAGCAACACCAGCCAGCCUGUCCAGACGAUGCCUGCCUUUUCGGCCACCGGCUGGCCAGCGUCUCAGUCAUCCGCUGGAGAUCACCGACACGAAGGCAGCAUGUGACGAUCACACACACUGUUACUCCUGACUCUUUAUUUCUGAUUGCAUUUGAGAUUUAUUCUGGUGGCUAACAGGCGAGACUCUUUAGGGUCUGGGCCGGGUUGGUUAGAGAACUAUUCUUCACAUAGAAACUGUGUUAUGCUUUCAUUGUCUGUGCCUUUUUUAGACUCUUUUUAGGCGUUCGGAACCAUACGGUGCACGAACAACUUCCUGGUUAGGCUCUCUUUGUAACCUUAUUAGUUUAGAGCUCUCUCACUGUAUCACUGUCUUUGAGAUAUAAAGUUGGUGUGUUCUUUAUUUAUGCAA